CAUCCCUCCACACUGACACUCAGAUGUACAAACACCUCGGUUCUCGCCACAGCGCCUCCAAAACCUUGCAUAAAAAAAAAUAGACACUUUUUCUUUUUUUCUUUUCUUAAGCAGCAGACAUCCGACUCUCCUGAAUGAGCGUGAGAAGAUCCAUCUCUGCUCUCCCGCCUCAGGACCGCCUGUCUCCUGACUCUAUAUUUCUCCUACAAGUUCGGCAGCUGAUCCCGGCUCAGUCAGAGGGAGAUUUUUUUUGUGUUGCGGCUGAGAAGAUCAAGGGCAGUUUGACAUGAGGGGGGACGCUCCACAAAGAGGCAUGAAGACCUCAUGUCUGUGGGCUGCUGCUCUGCUGCUGUCAGUCAUCUCUCUGGUGACCAGUGCUGAUUCACCAAGUUCAGGAAAUUCUGACUUGAGAGAGAGCUCAAAAUCCAAAGUGAAGACCUACUGGACUGAAAGCAGCAAGGCUGUCUCCAUCAGCCGCCUGCUGUCCCAGACGGUCUACGGCAAAGAGAAUUUCACCUCUCUGGACCUGAACUACGACGAGGCGGACUCGUUCUCCAAACAGGAGCAGUGGAACUGGCUUUACAACGCUUCAAACCCCCGAGACCCUCGAUCCAGGACAAAAAGGAGGCCCAUCGUGAAGACAGGCAAAUUCAAGAAGAUGUUCGGUUGGGGAGACUUCCAUUCCAACAUCAAGACGGUGAAGCUCAACCUUCUCAUCACUGGUAAAAUCGUGGAUCACGGAAACGGGACAUUCAGCGUCUACUUCCGGCACAACUCCACGGGUCAGGGCAACGUGUCCGUGGGCCUCGUUCCGCCGACUAAAGCCGUGGAGUUCCAGGUCCACCAACAGUUCCACCACCAUCACCAGCAGCAGCAGCAGCAGCAGCAGACGGCUCUGGAGACCAAGGACACCAAGCUGUUUAACUGCAGGGUGGAGUACGAGAAGGUGGAGAAGGGCACCAGGAACUCACUGUGUGCCCACGACCCGUCGCAGAGCUGCCCGCAGGAGCAGACCCAGAGCCACGUGUCCUGGCUGUGCUCCAAGCCCUUUAAAGUCAUCUGCAUCUUCAUCACCUUCUACAGCACCGACUACAAGCUGGUGCAGAAGGUGUGUCCAGAUUACAACUACCACAGUGACACCCCCUACCUCCCCACAGGGUGAUCACUGGACCAGA